AUGAUAGAAGUUUUAUAUUUACCAAAAAACACGACUACUGUGCUUCAACCGAUGGAUCAAGGAAUCAUUAGAUCAUUCAAAUCUCAUUUCAACAAAUUUAAAUUUAAACAUAUAAUUGAACAAAUAAACUACGGUAACGCAACUAUUGAAUGCUAUAAAAAAUUAACCCUGAAAGAUGCAGUCUUAUUUUCUUAUCUAGCCUGGAAAGAUGUGUCAGUGGAUACAAUAUCAAAAUGUUUUCACCACGCCAAAUGGGAAAACAGAAUUGAAGAACCUAUUAUGGGAGACCAUAAAAUAAAAAAUUUCGAACAAAUUAUAGAAAAAUUAAUGAUCACAGAUCCCAUAAAAGAGGAGGAGUUUAUAGACUUUACGUACUCUGAAAAUGACGAACUUCAUGAAUUGUUCAAAACAACAAACUAUGAAAAUAACGAUGAAAAUGCAAUUUUAGACAGUUCAAUUACUGAAGAUUGUGAAAGAAACAACUGUAUUACACAUCGAGAUGCGAUAAAAUGUUUGUUUCGACCUCAAAAAAUAUUUUUCACAUGA